AUGGCGCCCUCGGUCUCACUAGUCAACAAGCUCAAGGUACAGCUCAAGCUGUCAAUAUCGCGCCUACGUAUGGUGCAGCAGAAAGAUAGCGCAAAAGUUAAACAGCAGAGAAGAGAGAUGGCGCAACUGAUUGAAGUCGGCAAAGUCCAGUCGGCGCGCAUACGCGUAGAGAACAUAAUCCGCACCGACAUCACCACCGAACUACACGAAAUCCUCGAGCUGUACUGUGAACUCCUACUCGCGCGAUCCCAACUCCUUGAAUCACAAGUCUCCUCCUCAAAUACUGCUUCCUCCGCGUCCACAUCGACACUUCUCGACCCGGCCUUAGAAGAGGCCGUCCGCAGCAUAAUAUAUGCCGCGCCGCGAACAGAGAUCAAGGAACUACAUACUGUCAGAGCGCUAUUGGUGGACAAGUUCGGAAAGGAUGUCGCUGUGGCUAGCAUGGAAGGAGAAGGUGUUGCAGAAAGGGUUAUCAAGAAGCUGAAGGUUGAGACACCGAAGGAGGAGCUGGUCGAGGCAUACAUGACGGAGAUUGCAAGAUUCUAUGGAGUACCGUAUGGAACAGCUAAGAGUGAAGAUGAAGAUGAAGAUGACGACGAUGAGCCAUCGGGCGGCGUGGCCGAGAAGGCGGAAGGCGAGCUCGAAGACCCCAUAACUACCGACGACGCCGACCCGAGCACGAGCAAGAAGGCAGAAGAGAGGGCAGCGCUGGCAAAGGCCUCCACACCCAAGAAGCUUGGCCCACAAAGUCCGCUGCGAGUCGUUCCACCGAGCCCAAGCACAGACAAUGUAGCGCCGAGAUUGAAGUUGCCAGGAAGUGCGGCGGCGAAGGUAGCGAAAAGCGAGUCGAACACGAAGAAGCCGGUCAAGAAGGAGGAUGGGCUAGGCAGGAUACCGGACGUGGAUGAGCUUGCUAAGCGGUUCGCGGAGUUGAAGCGAUGA